AUGUCGGCGAACAUGAAAACCUCCAUGGCUCUUCUGCUCCUUACUCUUCGAAAAACACGCAUUUCUCCUUCUCAUUCUCCAUUUCUUCCCUCGAGAACCCUAAUUUCUUGUAAAUCUCCGUUACCAUCUCCCCGAUCACGAGACAUCACCACCUCGACUUCACUUCUCUCUUCGCGGCGAUCCUACGCAUCGAUCGCCGCAGCGUACUCGCCCUUCCAGUCCAACAUUCUUCGAAUCAUCAGAAAUGAGAUCGAGUAUCAAUCCGAUUAUGCUCCUCCUCACCAGCCGGCGACUGAAUUCAAAUCGUUCUCUGUGGAGGAUUGUCCCGGAGAACAAUGCAUUGUGAUGAGAGGGCAGUUUGGAGAAGAAGAAAGCAUUAAAAUGGAAGCAACAAUGUUUGAUGGAUAUAUGGCUGUUCCGAGAACCGGUUUAGAUGCUUCAGGGCGCGAUGUUCGUCUCCACAUUAGCUUGCUUGUCGACAUCUCCAAGAAUGAUGGAAGCGAUGACAUCGAGUUCCUUUGCUCCGUUUGGCCUAACCGUAUUGAAGUUCAGAAGCUUUACAUGGUUAGAGGCAGCAAAACCACUGGCCAGCCUUACAUGGGACGCAAUUUCGGGAGUUUGAAUUAUGAGUUUCAGACGGCGAUUCGGGAGUUUUUGCGAGUGAGAGGAAUCGAUGCGGGGCUUUGUUUUUUCUUGCAUGAAUAUAUGAUGAAUAAGGAUAGGAUUGAGCUCAUUCAAUGGUUGAGAAAGCUAAAUGCAUUCAUCGCAAAAUGA